AUGUCCAGUGCGUCUCAAGGAAGCAAGAUCAAGCCACAAGUCAAAUGGCUAGAUGUCUCGCAAGGCUCCCUUGGUCUUGAAAAUGGAGCAUCAUUUGGCAUGCCCUGGCCCAGAGGCCUCUACCAGCCAGGACAAAGGUUUGCCAUAGAAGGCAAUGGCCAACAGUGGUCCCUCGACUCGAGGGAGUUGGCACUCUGGUCGGACGGAUCACUCAAGUGGACAGUUCACUCGGUCAGCGGCCAAGUCGAGUACUGCGAGAAGUAUGCGAUAAAAGCAAGCACUGAGGAAGCCCGCGCUGGGAUUCCUUUACGUACAGUCGAAGAUGAAAUUGAGCUUUCGAAUAUCCUGGGGCUUCGCAUUAAAUUUGCGGCUCCUGGGAAUUCGUGUCUCUUCAAAGAGGUGUCGAUGAACAACAAUAUCAUCUGCUCAGGUGCCACAAUCAUCGCCUCCAUCAACCAUAAAGUAUUCUUCACAACGGUGAGGGAAAUUCAAGUGGAAGAGACAACUUUUAGCAGAGUAGUGAUCAAGGUCUCCGGAAACGUGACCUCGGCUCAGGGCCAAACACAACUGCCGUUUGAUGUGCGAGUGUACAUGUACUCACAUUCUCCAACGUUAAAGAUUGUUCAUUCCUUCAUCCACGACCUCGAUUCGGACAGUCCAUUGACCUCGCUUGGGCUUCGUUUCUCUGUCUCAUUCCAAAGUACCGAACUAUACAAUCGACAUGUCCGGCUUGGUGGGUCGGAGGGCGGAACGCUGAGGGAAGAAGUACAAGGACUCUCGGGGCUCAGGUUCGGUCCCUGCCGGCAGCACAUGAUUGACCAGACGAGUGGAACGGCCGUUACUCUGAGGGAGACGGAAUGGGAGAAAACCGAGCUUGGCCGUGGAUUGACAUACGUUCCAUCGUGGAACGACUACACACUCUCUCAACUGUCAUCAGAUGGUUUUACCAUAAAGAAACGGACAAGGAAAGGAUGCUCUUGGGUAAAAGUUGCUGGAGGUAGCAGAGCUGAUGGGACAGCUUUUAUAGGGUCGGCCAAGUGUGGAGGUUUGGCUGUCGGUAUGGCUGAUUUUUGGGAGCGAUAUCCAACACAGAUUGAUCUUGGUAAUCUUACGGCGGAAACGGGUUCGGUGACUAUUUGGCUGUACUCACCGCUCGCAGAGCCUCUGGAGACUGCCCCCUAUCAUGACGGGCUCGGCUUGGAUACCUACGAAAAACAGCUGGAGGCGCUCAACGUCACAUAUGAAGACUACGAACCAGAUUUUGCGUCAGCAAAUGGCAUAGCGCGGACCAAUGUUUUGUUUGUCAAACUGUUUGAAGCGAUUCCAUCAAAUACUCAUUUCAGUCACUUCUCCUCAUUUGUCAGAAAUAUGCCUCGCCUCGUUGUCGACUUGGAGUAUAUGCACUCGACAGAAGUAUUUCACGGGUGUUGGGCACCAGAUUAUCGGCUACAGGGGCGCAACCCCUACGGAAGCGAAGUGGAAAUUGAGGGGAAUCUUGAGCUCCUGUUUGACUUCUACAAAGGUCAAGUGGAGCAGCAUAGGUGGUUUGGAUUCUGGGAUCAUGGCGAUGUGCAACACACCUUUGAUCCCUUACGACAUGCUUGGAAGUACGAUGUUGGAGGUUUUGCCUGGGACAAUUCCGAACUCUCUACGGAUCUGUGGCUAUGGAUGUAUUACCUCCAUACCGGCCGAGCAGAUGUGUUCAGGAUGGCCGAGGCAAUGACUAGACAUACAGGCGAGGUAGAUGUGUAUCACUGUGGAAGGUUCAAAGGUUUUGGUACGCGACAUGGUGUCCAACAUUGGAGUGAUAGCUCCAAGCAGCUGAGGAUUUCCAACGCAAUGUAUCGAAGGAUAUACUACUACCUCACGGGCGAUGAGCGGGCGGGAGACCUGAUCGCAGAGCUUCAAGAUUGUCAAUUUGCUCUUCUUAGCUUAGACUCGCAUAGAAAGGUACAGAAGCACUCGGAUAUACCAGACGGGUUUGCCAUGGCAAAUAUUGGGCUCGACUGUGGGCCGGUUUCAGCUGCCUGGCUAAGCGCAUGGGAAAGAAGAAGCACUGGAUGGGAAAAGGCAAGGACGUUAUUGCUGAAUAUGCUACAAGGUAUAUCCCGCCUGACACAUGGCAUUGGAAACAAUGCCAUGCUGUUGAACCCUGCGACAGGCGAAGUUAGGGAAUGCACUUCGCCGACGCCUCCAUAUACCAUCUCCCAUCUGUCAAUGCUCUUUGGCUUUCCAGAGAUCUUUGCCGAGCUGAUUCACUACGCACGGCACGAGCACCCGGAGAUCGUGCAACAGUUCUUGAAAGUAUGGCUGCAAUAUUGCCGUGCCUACAAUGGAGGCCGUCAUGUGCAACUGGAAGAGUUUGGCUUUGAGUUCCCCACUUCGGCCGGUUGGAAUCAGAGUCAUUCCACGAUUACUGCCUUUGCAGCAGUUGAACAGGAAGACGACCAACUCGCCCAGGCUGCAUGGGACCAGUUCUUCAACUGUAAAGCAUCAGGGAACAACAGUGGCGGUUAUGAUAGAAGCCAUGACUGGACCAUCCUCGCGGCUGCCGGGCCAGAAUAUUUCAACCCUGGACAAGAGGCGCCGUGGAUCACGACAAACGAAGCAGCUCGGUACGGGGUAUCCGCGAUUUUCAAUUUGGCAAAUAUUGGGACUUAUUUGCAAGACACACAGUGCGGAGAAUUGGAUAUUGUUGAUUGUCAAACUACAUUGAGGCGGAUAGAGUCGUCAUAG